AUGGUUUUACAUCAACGUUUAAAAAGUGAAAAUUAUUAUAUACUAGUGAAAGUACUCCAUAAUUCUUCGAUGGAGACUGGAUUUGAUGAACUAACCUUAAGGCAUUUCAUUACAUUAGCUCUUUCUCAGUCUUUUGGAAUAUUUGGAUCUGCCAUAUCUGUGGACAUACUUCACAGGAACGCGUCGCUUCUGUAUCUUAGGUGUCACAUCAAUGAUUCUGAAAAGGUUUUAUUAGCCCUUGGAUCAUAUAUCCGAGAGCCAGAACAAGUUCGUUUUCAAGUAUUACACGCAACAAAUAUUUUGGCUGAAAUUGGGCCAAAUCGAUCUCAAUUUACUAAAUCAUUACUUUAA